CCUCUUCGUGGCCCGUCAUUGUGUUUACUCGACUGGCGAUCAGAGGCCCUGACAUGUUGUCCACCAAAUCCCACUAACUCCGGAUCCGACGACCCCUCCACCAUUGCCAAUCUUUCCUGGAGAAUCCAGCCAAAACUGGACGCUGCGCGACAAGUUGAAAGCUCCAGGUCCGCGAUAUCUCCGCCGCGAACACAACAACAACUGCCAGUCUGCCACCAUGGCGUCGUCCAGGUACAAGGACAAGGAUGCCGGCGUCGUGCUCUCCUUCAACGGCCAAUGGAUCAGCUGGACACACACUGUCGUUGCCUAUGCUGCCUUCCUUAGCGCCCUCAUCAUCGGAUGCGCCCUCCACUACCACAAGAUCGUGAAGAACGAGUGGUAUGGCUACCCCGACGAGUGGUUUCCCUCAGUCUCUGCCACCAUUGGCGAUCGAUAUCCCGAACGAUCCAUAUUCAUGAUCUUUAUCGCCAUCACUUCCGGUCCGAGAUUCGCCCUUGUUGGACUUUGGUACCUCUUGACUGCCAAGCCCGGCCGUGUUCUCCCCAAGGCAAUUGCCAUCUCCGGUGUCAUCCGAACUCUUACAUGCGGCGGCUGGACCUACAUCACCUCGACCGACGACCAUGACUGGCAUGAUAUCCUCAUGAUCUUGUACAUCGUCUUUACAAUCCCUUGGACUACCGGAUGCAUCGCGCUGAGCCCUCCGAACGCAAAGGCGAUCAAGUACAGAAAGUGGAUUGCCGGUAGCUUCUUUGGCACCUUGGUUCCCUUGGUCUACUUCUUUAUCCAGCACAAGGUCCACCGCGUGGCCGGAGCUUACACCGUUUACGCUUUCUUCGAAUGGGCCCUCAUUCUCUUCGAUGUUGCCUUUGAUGCGGUAACUGCUUUGGACUUUGACACGUUCGAGGUGGUUGUCAAGGAUGUCAAGGGCGCGAGCAAGGGUGCCAACGCCUCGUCCGUUCCUGCUGCCGUUCUGGAGAAGGAGAAGGAGAAGGCCACUGCUGGCGUAUACUCUGCAGGGUUCAACCUGGGCCCUGCUCUCGACAUUGCCGCUGAUGUUUACCAUGGCUUCGUCUUCUGGUCCACCCUGACCAGCUUGGGUCUUGUCAUCUGGUAUUUCCCUCUCUGGCACAUGGGUAUAUCUGGCUACGAAGCCUUCGUCAUGGCCACCAUUUCUCCCGUCCUUCUCGGCAUUCGGCCUUUGCGCUCCCUCGUUGUCAACCACCAGCGCCUCUUCCAUGUCCUCUCGCUCGCUGGUUUGUUGGCCUACAAGGUCCACGACCCCGUCUACCGCCUCUUCACUGUCGGUUUCGGUGUCUUUAUGGGCUGCCUUGCUUGGGCUGCUACUUGGUCUUCGGACUCUGUGCAUCCUUCUAGGCUCGAGAGCCGCGUCAUUGCUUGGCUCGCCGGUCUUCUCAUGUCCUCCAUUGCCAAGUUCGCCUGGUACACCAACAAUCCAAUCUGGCCCGUCAUGCACGCCGAGAACGGUGGGUGGAACGGGACUGGUCUUGUUCUUGCCAUCUUGGCUGUGCUCAGGUUCACUCGCAAGGCUCCCCUUAACAGCUGGGGCGUCAGCGAGCAGAAGAAUGGCUCUUCCCUCCUUUCCGCCCUUGGUAUUGGUGGUCUCUUCUUCGCUAUCCACUCCCUGCUCUCGGAUACCAGCACCAUGAUUCUCUGGGUUUGGGGUGGCUUCCCUGUCCGUGGCCCUGUCUCCAACGUCCAUGCCUACUACACUAUUGCUGCCAUGACCGGCGGUCUUCUCAUCGGUGUCUUCAGGCCUGGCAUGGUUACCAAUUGGACCGCAUACGGUGUUGCCUGCGUUGGUGCUGCCAUGCUCACCUUGUAUGAGCAGUGGUUCGGCUACUAUGGCGCCUUGAUCCUGACCACCUACCUCAUGGCCAUCGCCGUGCCCAUGAUCAGCAAGGCUGCCAAGAAGAACCCAGCUGUCACUUUUGGUGUCGGCUUCCUGUUCUACAACCUCCUUGUCCUCUUCCACGUUUGGGUGGUAGCCUACGCUUUCGUCCCUGGUGGCCCUUACGUCCGCGAACACACCGAUUGGAUCAUGCUCACCACUAUGCUCACCAUCGGCGCCGGUGUCUUUGACCUUGUUUCGGGACAAGCCAGCCACAAGUACGCUGCUUCCACUGACCGUCGCAGCUCUUCCCUCGGCCACCGCAAGUACCACGUUGGCAUCCUCGGCCUCCUCAACAUUCUUUUCCUCGUCGCCAACUUCCUCCGCUUCCCCUCGUAUGACUACAAGCCCUACCACGCCGAAGACCGCCUCUUCACGGCCGGCAUUUGGACUAUCCACUUUUCGCUCGACAACGACAUGUGGUCUUCUGAGUACCGCAUGCGCGACCUCAUCAAGGAGUUGGAGGUUGAUGUCAUCGGCCUUUUGGAAUCUGAUCUCCAGCGAAUCAUCAUGGGCAAUCGCGACACUACCCAGUUCCUCGCCGAGGACCUUGGUAUGUACGUUGACUACGGUCCGGGUCCCAACAAGCACACGUGGGGUGCCGCUUUGCUCUCCAAGUUCCCGAUUCUCAACUCCACCCACCAUUUGCUUCCCUCUCCAGUGGGUGAACUCGCUCCCGCAAUUCACGCCACGCUCGAUGUCUACGGCUCCCUAGUGGACGUCUUUGUCUUCCACUCCGGCCAAGAAGAAGACCCCGAGGACCGCCGUCUCCAAUCCGAAUACCUCGCCAAACUCAUGGGCUCCAUUCCGGCCGACCGGCCCGCCGUUCUGCUUUCUUAUCUUGUUACCAAGCCCCUGGAAGGAAAUUACAACACGUACGUCUCCGACAUUUCGGGCAUGCACGAUGUCGACUACACGGAUUGGGACAGGUGGUGCGAGUAUAUUCUUUACAAGAAUCUUCUCCGCACUGGUUACGCCCGCGUGAGCAGGUCAACCAUCACAGACACGGAGUUGCAGGUUGCCAAGUUUAUCGUGCCCAAAGACGAUGCGGAUAAGGGGAGGAUAUUGGCGGCGAGCAAGGAACAGAGGGAUAGGAGGGUGGAAGAACAGCAGGUGCCGGAUGGGUGGAGAUUCCCGGCGCUGUUUAGGGGCGAGGGAGUCAGGGGACAUCAUUAUCAUGUCUUUGAUGAGCCUAGGUACUAUUUUUAUUUCUAGGGAGGGAUAGGAAAUGGAUCCGCAGAGAGUGAGAGGAGGCAAACAAGGGGAGAGAUAAGACAUCGGCAGGAAGGAGUUUACUUGGGUUUAUCUUGUCAGACAGGCCGGACGUUUGUGAGGCGACUGGGGAAUGAUUUGACGGGUUAAUGAUAGAUGAAAACUCAGAAGCUGUUAGGGGAUGCUGUAGUACCUAGGUAAUUGUAUUUUAUGGGUUUACGGGUCAUGAAUCUAGGAUUUGGCAUUUCCGCGGUCGUUGGUGUGCCGCCGAGGUCAACU